AUGGAUGAAGAUCUAGAUCCUGGUUCGGUACCGGCUUAUGCCCGGAUUAAACACACUGUGCGGGUCAUUCUCACAGGUGAUGCGGCGGAUGCACGUGGCAUGAGGUUCGUGAUAGAGAACGUGCUCGACAAGAUUCUUAAUGUUCGUAAGCGAGAGAUUUUGGCCAUCCAGGAUUACCCUAAGCGGAGGAUCUACGACUGCACUUUCAUAGGGGAAGGCGUAUUCUUAGAUGCGGUAAUGAGAAUUCCAAAACAAGAUGAUCCGAGGCUUAAGGGUAUCCAAAUUGUCGAGCACGUCCUAGAUGAAACCAAGUUGAUUGUCGUGAAGAUGUACUCCCCUUUUGUAAAUCAGAGAGAGAUCGAUGGGUUCCUGACAGCCUACUUUAAAAAGGUGGAGUUCAGAGGAAAAAUCAUGAACGACUGUGGUGUCUGGACCUCAAAAUGGCGAUAUCAAGUCACGUGCAACAAAGACCCCACCCUCCCAGGGGGGAUACUUUUACCGCCUGCUCGUUUUAAAUUAAACAAUGUGUGUGGCGACCUCUUUUUUGCGGGAAUGCCAAAUUUCUGCAGAAGACCAAAAAAAACCACAGAACAGCAAGGGCAACCCAAGAGAGACGUCCGGAAACCAGCCUGGGGAAAAGCCAGAGAGGAGGAGCACCCCCCACAAGAAGAGGUGAAGAGUGAUUUUAGAAAAAAGACUGGGAGGAAUGCCUGGAAGAUGAAUGUAUCCCUUUUAGAAGAUCUGCAGGUUUUAUCCGAUUUUAUCAACUUCUACAAGGACUGCAGACGGAAAGAUCUGGCCUGGAGCUGCAUACACGAGUGUCUUCCAUGCCGGGCAUUCCAGCACCGAAGAAGGAUGGCCAACACUGCAGUAUGCCCGAGGGAGGGCUGCCAGGAACCCAAGACCGUGUACCACCUUUUCUGGACUUGUUUUUAUGCAAAAAGGGAAUGGACUAAAAUACUCCCUCUGGUGAAGAAGAUAACAGAAAUAAAGGACUUAAACUCUGCAGCUGUUUUUUAUGGAUGUCUGGAAUGCCCAAUACGGACUCAAGAGAUAAUGGCAUGGAAGAUCAUAAACUGUGUUAAAGCAGCUCUAUGGAAUGCCAGAAACAUUUUACUUUUUAAACAUGAGAUUUUAUCUGUGAAUGAUGUUUUAGCUCUUUGUUUUAGUGAUAUGUACCAGUACUUUUUAUUAGACAAGAAAUAUUAUCCUUUAUUAGCUAGAAAAUGGUAUUUUAAUGAAUGGAACGCCCUUUUGUAAAGCCACCAAG